CGGCGGCCGGGGGGAGGCGGGCGGUGGGGUCGCCUCGCACCUCGCGGGGAGGAGCCCCAGGAGUCGGCGCAGCUGCGGACCCGAGCCGGGGCCCGCUGCCCGGUCCCGCACGCCCCGCCCCGCUCUCGUUCCUGAGCCGCUGUAAUGCGGGCGCUUGACAAAGCUACAGACCCAAGCUUGUCAGAACAGGAUUGGUCAGCUAUCCAGAAUUUCUGUGAGCAGGUGAACACUGACCCCAAUGGCCCAACCCAUGCACCCUGGCUGCUGGCCCACAAGAUUCAGUCUCCACAAGAGAAGGAAGCUCUUUAUGCCUUGACGGUCCUGGAGACAUGUAUGAACCACUGUGGUGAGAAGUUCCACAGUGAGGUGGCCAAGUUCCGCUUCCUGAAUGAGCUGAUCAAAGUGUUGUCUCCAAAAUAUCUCGGGGCCUGGGCCACAGAAAAAGUUAAAGGAAGAGUCAUUGAAAUCCUCUUUAGUUGGACAGUGUGGUUUCCAGAAGACAUCAAGAUCCGAGAUGCUUAUCAGAUGCUGAAGAAGCAAGGAAUCAUAAAACAAGACCCUAAACUACCAGUGGACAAAAUCUUACCCCCACCUUCUCCCUGGCCCAAGAGCUCCAUCUUUGAUGCUGAUGAAGAGAAGUCAAAGCUUCUGACAAGACUUCUCAAGAGCAACCACCCUGAGGAUCUUCAGGCAGCAAACCGGCUCAUCAAGAAUCUGGUCAAGGAGGAACAAGAAAAAUCAGAGAAGGUGUCCAAAAGAGUCAGUGCGGUGGAGGAAGUGCGGAGCCACGUGAAGGUGCUGCAGGAGAUGCUGAGCAUGUACCGCAGGCCAGGGCAGGCUCCGCCAGACCAGGAGGCCCUGCAGGUCGUGUAUGAGAGGUGUGAGAAGCUGCGGCCCACGCUCUUCCGUCUGGCGGGCGACACCACUGAGGACGACGGCGCGCUGGCGGAGAUUCUCCAGGCAAAUGACCUCCUCACCCAGGGAGUUCUGCUCUACAAACAGGUGAUGGAGGGCCGUGUCACCUUUGGGAACACAGUGCCCAGCUCAGUGGGAGACAUACCUGUCUCUAGAGUCUUUCAGAAUCCAGCAGGCUGCAUGAAGAACUGCCCCCUGAUCGACUUGGAGGUGGACAGUGGGUCUGAACAGUCUUUGCUUCAUCAGGACCUGGCAGCCUUAGGGAUCAGUGAUGCUCCUGUUGUGAACAAGGUCACCAGUCAGAACUGCUAUAAGGAAAAGAAGAAUCUUGCUGCCAACACACUGCCAGGUGGUGGAGCUCAGAGCCCUGCUACAGACAGGAACUUGCUGGAUCUCCUCUCACCACAGCCGUCUCCUGGUCCCCUGAAUUAUGUCCCACAGAAAAGUAUCCCCAAGGAAGUGCCCCCGGGUACGAAGUCCUCUCCAGGUUGGUCCUGGGAGGCUGGCCCUUUGGCUUCCUCCCCGGCUUCCCAGAACACACCUCUGGCUCAAGUGUUUGUCCCUUUGGAGUCUGUGAAGCCCAGCAGCCUGCCUCCUGUUAUCGUGUACGACCGGAACGGGUUCAGAAUUCUGCUCCACUUCUCCCAGACGGGAGCCCCUGGCCACCCAGAGGUGCAGGUGUUGUUGUUGACCAUGAUGAGCACUGCCACCCAGCCAGUCUGGGACAUCAUGUUUCAAGUGGCUGUGCCAAAGUCGAUGAGGGUGAAGCUGCAGCCGGCCUCCAGCUCCAAGCUUCCCGCGUUCAGUCCCUUGGUGCCUCCCGCUGUGAUCUCGCAGAUGCUGCUGCUUGACAAUCCACACAAAGAACCUAUCCGGUUAAGGUAUAAGCUGACAUUCAACCAGGGUGGACAGCCUUUCAGUGAAGUUGGAGAAGUGAAGGACUUUCCGGACCUGGCCGUCCUGGGAGCAGCAUGACCUUUCAUGAGAAGACCCUUCCGGUCAAGCUUAGGCCAGCGUUCCUCUCACUGUCUAGUGGAACUAGUCAUGUGACUUAGUGCCGAGUGCCAAAAGCUCUCUCCUGACGUCAGGCUCUGAAUGCCAGCCUCUGACUUCUGCAGAGACUGUGUGUGUGUCGUCGGGGGCUGGGGGAGGGAAGAGCAGGGCUUGGGCGGUGGGCAGUGUGGAAGGUGCCGAGGCAUUUCCAAGGACCAUCUCUGCUGCACUCAUCUGUUUCUGCAUGUCAUGGACACUGAUGUCCCUGCCUCAGGUUGGAGGUUUUAUAAGCCAAAGUUUUUUUCAUGUAUUGUUGUCUCUUCAUUCAUCCACUCUGUGCCUUGUCAAUCUUUGAAAGUCUUGGUUGCUCCCAGGCUGCUGUUCUCAGGGACCUUAAAAGGGACCUGGUUGGUCUUGGGGCAAAGAGUGUUUUCUGGGGGCAGUACUCUUCCAAGAAAGACCUUGUCUCCAUUUCCUUCAAGAAUGCUGCUUGCAUGCGUUCAGAAGGAUCUCAAAACGGAAUGCUUGUUGCACUGUUUCCAGGCGAGGGGCUGCUGAGACCAGAAGACCACACUUGUGGGCCAAUCAUGUCCUUCACCACUGUGCCUUAGAAUCGCCCUUGAAUGGACUCUCUGAGGCAGAGGGGAAAGCAGACCCCAGGCCUUGGGUUCCGUGGGUUCCGUGGCAGCCUGUCUGGGCCCUCACUCGGGACCCUCAUCUCCAUCCUCAUCCUCCCUCUCUUUAAGCAUCUCCUCAGAGCUCUUCGAUGGCAACGCCACAUUAGUCAUAAAUCGUAGCUAGGGCCAUCUUUUGCCUGUCAGUUCACAGUCCAAGAUGGGAAACUGUGAUGCAGAUAGAUAGGAAAGAGCUUAGGAAUAACGUAAGGGGAGAGUACAUACAGAAAGUCAUUCAAUAAAUCCUGAGUGGCAAAUCUGCCUUGUGGGGUGUGGAGGAAGUAGGAGUCACAGGGCCAGUGCAUUCAGAGCUGAGGGGCUGCAAAGGAACUGCCUCCUGUUGGGAAAUAGGAAGGAUGGAGAGCCAGGGACGCCAUGAAGAGGAGGGCCUGGAGAGCUGAGCAGCCUGGAUAUCUGUUAUGUUUUUAAGCCCAAGGAGAAAUUCAGGCUCAUAGUCGGUUAAUCCUUAGUGACACCUGCUGUUUGCUAGGAACUUCGAUGUGCAUGUUUAACAAGUCCUGCAUAGCCAGAGAGUGGGAGGGUCCCCGAGCCUGGCUGACGUGGACUGAUAGGUGAGAGCAAAGCAGCUGGCCACCUGGGUGCAGGACUGUGUUUGGAGCUCCUAAUCAUGGGAUCUGGUACUCUUGAUGUCUACCUAUAGUUGGCAAUUUGCCAGCGUUAAUUGGUGGGAAUGGCACCUGUAAAGAUCCAUUGCUAAUUUUUAAGCAAAUGUGCAAGCUCAUGAAACAGAUAAAUGAUGGGGGUGAUUUCUUCAUUUGGCAUAAUUCAUGUAAGACUAAUCUUAAUCCAAAAUUAUCUUCAUGUCCAGUGUUCUACAGAAAAGCUAUUACAUAAAGUCUUUAAGGGGAGCCCAUCAUAAUGACCGUGUCUGCUAUGACGAACUUAGUGAGACUGACACGUGAAAAGACAGGUGAGCUCCUGUACGGACCUGAAGAUCCUUCUGUUUUCCAGGAGAAAAUGGUCCUCUAUAGGUAGACUUGGAUAGAGUGUGGAUAGGACAAGGAAGAAGGUGGCUGUCCCGAGUAUCCUUGCUUUAAAUCACCAGUUCCUUCUCUUCCAAUUCAGUGACUGCGUGGAGCCCAGCCUCUAUCCUCUCAUUCCCUCACCCACCAGCACUAUCUUGGCCAGCACUGUUGUGGGCACUGUAGAUGCAGUGGUGACCUAAGUCCCCGCUUCACGGAUCUUCUGGUCCUCUGGAGAGAGGUUCAUAAAAACGUGUCAACUGGAGAACUGGCACUGAUGACCAGUGCUGCCUCCUGUCUUCACCUGUUCUGGAAUCCUGCUUCUCUUUAUUUCUUGACCUACCUCUAUCCCUUCAGUGUGGUGGUUUCCCAGGGCCUGGUCCUGAGGACUUUUCGAAGUCUACACACUGAGCCUGGCAACCAAGCCCUCCAGACCACUAGAUGGACCCUAACCCUCCUCUCAAGCUGCCCCCCUGCUGACGUCGUCUUUGCCCGCCAGUUGGUUCCACUGGAGGCCCCGCUCUUGCUCAGAACAGAGCCCAUCCUUCCAUCCCUGUUCCUUUAUGUGCUCUUUACCUGGAACCACCUGUCUGAAACUGUCUGAGACUUCGUGGGUCUUCCAUUUCUGCUGCAUGUGUAGCCACUCGGUUUUGUCCCAUGUAGUCUGUUUUCAUGUCACCAUUGCGUUUGUUUUUUGUUUUUGUUUUUGUUUUUUACUGCAGUAGCUUGCCUCCUAGUUGCGAUUCAUACUUGCCACCACCAGAAUUCGCUAGCAAAUCUGAGCACUUGAUCUUAGGCUGAAAAUUUCUGAAUGGCUCCCUAACCCCAAAGGUGGGUGGGGUCAGAUCCAGGUGGCCUGUGUUGGCGUUCAGUGCCCUCGCGCAAGUUUGCUCCCUCUUCUGUCAUCACCUGCCAGGAAUAGAGCCCGCAGAGCCCAGCCACAAUAAAGUUCUUCAAGCUA